AUGAAAUUAAUUAAAAAUGAAAAAAUUCUUCUUGUUACUUCUGAUUUAUAUAUUCCACAAAUUUUAUCUCAUGUUGAUAUAUUUCAUGAAGUUAAUUUUAUUUAUAUAUAUUAUUCAAAUAAGGAUCAAUAUAAAUAUAUAUUUCAUGAAAGUUUAAAUAUAGUUGGUAUUUAUGAUAAAAUUCCUUUAUUAAUUUUAUCAAUCCAAGAACAAAUUAUUUCAAUAAAUAAACAAUUUUAUCAAUGGACUUUUUUUAAUGAAGAAAAUUAUUUGAAAAGAGAUUUAUCAAAACAAGCCAAUGAUUUUCUAUGGAUUCAUUUAUUUCAUCGUGUUAUUACACAACUUCCACGUAAUAAACAAGCUAAACAACAACUGAUAGACUAUGUUCGUCUUUAUUUGGAAGAAAACUUCGAAGAAGAAUAUCAAUCAAAUGAUACUAUUUAUUGUUAUUGA